CACUAAUUUUUCGCUCCAGAAGGUUGAUGACCUUUGCACUUUCUGAAGAUACCCUUUUCCUCGCCUUGGUGUGUUUCGUUCCUUUACCACUGACGUGUACGUCUCCAGCUUGACCUGAGGUUUAAAGGUGUACAGAUCUAUCUGGAGUCACCAUGGGGCUGGUGUCAGCGUUGAAGCAGUUUGUGGUGGUUCACAUCCUCAUCGCGUACGUGUUCAUCGUGAGCGGGAUCAUCUGUAACAUCUUCCAGGCUGCAGGGUACCUGCUUCUCCGACCUAUCUCCCUCACAGCCUACAGGAAACUGGCAGCGUUCUUCACUAACAUGCACUGGAGCCAAGUGGUUUUCCUGAACGAAUGGUGGGCAGGGUCAGAAGUUACAGUUUAUUCUAGUGAUGAGCAGUGGCAGGAACACUUUGGGAAGGAGAAGGCUGUUAUAGUGAUGAACCACCAUUAUGAGGUGGAUUUUCUGCAUGGCUGGACCUUAUGUGAAAGGUUGCAGGUGUUAGGGACAUCCCGAGCCCUUAUAAAAGAAUCAGUCAAGUACCUGCCUGUUGUUGGCUGGACCAUGUUCUUCAUCGAGUUCCUCUUCCUGAAACGUGACUAUGAGGAGGACAAGAGAACCAUCGUCAAACAGCUGAAGGAACUACAGAACUAUCCAGACAACUUCUGGCUCCUACUGUUCUGUGAGGGCACACGCUUUACUGCAGAGAAGCAUGAGAAGUCCAUGGAGGUGGCCAGGAAGAAGGGUGUGCCUGAGCUGAAACAUCACCUGCUGCCUCGUACCAGGGGCUUCCUACUCUGUGCACAGGGCAUCAGGGAGUACAUUCCAGCCUUCUAUGAUGUAGAAAUUCACUUUCCCAAUGGCAGUGCAGAGCCAACAUUAAUGGGUCUGCUGAAGGGAGAGGCACAGCAUGCCCACAUCUAUGUCAGGAGGAUCCCUACAGAGGAGGUACCAGAAGAUGAGGAUGCCUGUGCUGAGUACUGCCAUGAACUGUAUAGGAUAAAGGACAGAAAUUUUGAGUACUUUGAGCAGAAUGGUCGGUUCCCGGACAAGGUUCGCGAGAUCCCUCGGAGGCCGUACACACUGAUCAUCAUCAUCUUCUGGUCCGUCCUGCUGGUGGUGCCCCUCAUCAAGUACCUGGUGGGCGUGGUCAUGUCAGGAUCCACCCUCAUGAUUGCUGGAGUCAUCAUGGGCGGGGUCCUAGUUUCACUGUUGCUGCAGAAGAUGAUGGAAGUAACCCAGAUCUCCAAAGGCUCCAGCUAUGGACACACCAAGGGGAAUGAUAAGAAAAAGGAGUAGCCUGCAGUGGACAAUGGUAAUCACCUUUCAUAUGAAAACUGUUACAGUAAUAGAAGAAUAAGAGUGAUGGUAUGGUCGUUCACAGUCCAGACAUGUGUACUAAUGGUCCUGUUUAAUAUAAACAUGUCAUAUACAUGUAAGUACAUUCUUAUGUAGUAUCACAACAAGUGCUUCCUAAAAAAUCAUCUGGAAAUGUGUGCAGCUAACAAUACAGAUUUUGUCUUGCAUGGAAAGCUAUGUAAUAGACUAGGUACAUGAAAAACAUGAAUACUCAAUAUGUGACUUUUAAAGAGCCGUGGCCCUGUUUUAGUUUUUAUGUGUUUUCUUUUUACCAUAGGUAAAUGCAAGGAAGUAUCUGUACGACAUACUGUAAUAGUAUACUGUACUAGUUUGUUUGACUCAUUGUUGUGGCUAUAAAGUCACUUGAAGUCAGAAAAAAGAUAUGAUGCUUGAUCCUUUCCAAGUGUAUUGAAUAAGUGAGAACUUAUUCCAUGUAAUUAUGAUAUUGUGCUCUUACAAUUGAACACAGCCUUAUACAUAGAUGUAUUGUGAUUAUCAUUAAGGCAUUCUUUGUUGAUAUUUGCAGUGCUUUGAUUUAUCAAAAGAAGAUGAGACUUAUAAGAUGCACUGCACUGUAGGUUAUAUAAUAUCUAAUGUGUGUUGUUCCAGUGCCUAACCUGUGAUUGUGAUAAAUAUUAUCUACCAUGCAAAUAGAUGCUGAAGUGGUAUAAAAGUAUAACUGCAAGGUAAAAUUUGAUAACUGAUUAUCAAGUGACAUCUAAAUAGUUGAGCUGUGGCAUCGGAUAAAACUCUUGAAGGUGACGGCAAAAAAGAAAGCUGUAUUGCUGUAUUAACAGGAUGUAAAUGAUAGUAUGAUCUCGUAUUAUCUUGGACGUAGAAUCAUGGUUGUCAGUUAAAAGGACAUAUCUCUUCUUAUCAUUACUUUCACAUAGUGCAGGUUGAGCUGUAGUUUUCUUUUCUAUAAGCUUGUUUCCUUGUUGUCUCACACAUUGAUGUCUUUAGUUACUUCUCAAAGUACAUAGUUUUCUGCUGAUCAUGAACUGGUAGCAAUUGACCAAAAGUGAAAAUAUGUUUUACAUGCAGGUUGAGAUUCUUUUUGGUUUUGAUUUACUACUUUUUUCUUUAUCAUAAGUUUCUUUAUUGCAGUAAGUUACUUUUAAAGGGUCUGACGAAGAUACAGCAACUGUUUAUUGUAUUGUGCAUGUGGCCAAAUUUUGUGAUGUUUGUUCUUGUGAAUUUGCUGUUAUGUAACGUAUUUAUUUUCACCAUGAUUUUAUGUAACUGAUGAGUUAUUUUAGAAAUAUUGUAUUUUCCACAUGUACACAGUACCUUCUUAAAUGCCAUACUAAAUCAUGUCUCAGGAUAAUGGAUUUGCUAUGUGAAUCUAACUAUAUUUUAAUUUUUUGCGUGCAAUAAUUUGUAGCAGAAGACUAGAACGCAAAUAUGAUGAAAAAUGCUAACAGA